GCACCGGAGUGCGCAACAUGAGUCCUCAUGAGUCCGGUCCGAGAUACCCCCCUAAAGUCCACUUUGAGCUCAAAUGACAUGUUGCUGUCAAAUGUGAGCCACUUGGUGCGUGCGUCCAUGGAGAAUCCAAACUUUACGCACGGUUCCACGUCCAGGAACGAGAACGAGAACGAGACGCUGGUGGAUUAUCGCCGGAGAGAAACGAUGUCCCUGCCGAUAUUAAUGUUCGCUGGGGGCGCCGUUGGGAACAUUAUAGCCAUUAUCGUUCUCUCGGUGUCCAGACAGGAGAGGAAAAGUUCCGCUUUCUAUACUCUGGUUUGCGGACUGGCGGUAACGGACCUCCUGGGUACGUGUCUAGCGAGUCCGAUCACGAUCGCAAACUACAUGGAUGGGAAGCUGCUCCAAAGCGGGGAACUCUGUGACUUCCAUGCGUUUUUGUUGCUCUUUUUCGGUAUUACGGGACUCAGUAUUAUUUGCGCAAUGGCGGCGGAAAGGUACAUGGCCAUUUGCUGCCCUUACUUGUACCAGAGGUGGAGGGUGGGCCGGCGCUUUGCGCAAACCUUCCUGGUGUUCAUGUACGGGACCAAUAUCUUAUUCUGUUGUGUCCCAAUGAUGGGCGCUGUGAGCAGUAAGCUGCAGACGUCCAAAACCUGGUGCUUCAUAGACUUGAGGACACCGGAGCCCGUGGCGGCUGUGUACUCGGUGCUGUACGGCGCCGUGAGCGUUUUGCUCAUAGUGGGAACCACGGCGCUCAACGUGGCCGUGUGCGGAGCGCUCCUGCUCAUGCGGCGGCGCAGCGUGCGGAGGCUGGGGAGCGGCAGGAGCGGCGGCGGCGGCGGCAGCGUCCGGGGCAGGUGGAGGGAUCUGUCAUCCGCCGCGGAGACGCAGAUCAUGGCGGUGCUGGUGAUGACCUCGGUCGUGGUUCUGGCCUGUUCGGCUCCACUGGUGGUCAGAGUAUUUGCCAACCGCUUCAUGCUUAUAGAGGACCCCGCAGCCGACCGCGCGGCCAUCCGGAUCGCAUCCGUGAACCCCAUCCUCGACCCUUGGAUCUACAUCCUCCUGAGGAGGUCUCUGUUUCGCCGAAUACUGACGCUAUCCAGGCGAUGUAGAACUCGCAGCAGCUUAAAAAAACGAGAUCUGUUUUACCCUGAACACACCAAGGAGGGAAGCCAUGUUUUCGGGCGUUUGAUGACGACGACGACGACGACGCUCCCCGAUGCUAAUACUUUGUCACAAUACCACACAGACGCACUGUGUCACUCGUAAAUACACAAAAAACUGAUGGAAAGAAAUACUUGCGGAUGUUUUGCUUUGAAUAAGAACCCAGACCGUUGGUGUUGUGGACAACAUUUGUGGGCUUGCAGCUUGAAAGACGCAUAAACGCGGACAAGCGUGCACACAAUGGAAGUUGGAACUAACAUGCACACACGGUAUGCUUGGCGUCUUAACGGGAGAAACUGCAGGGAAAACUUUCCCAACUUUCUUAUUGGUUCAUCUGGAUCUUGGUCCAGAUAAACGGGAAAGUCAAUGCACUCAACAUUUUCCAGCAGGACGAUGCUUUGACACCACAUUAUGUUUCACGUCGAUAUCAAAUCAGUGUAAUAUUUCCUAAUAAUAUUACAGUGCAUUGUGAACAUACAAUAAAAUUGGCUCAUUGAAUAUUAACACUGUAAAUAUUUAAUUGAUCUCAUUCAUUUGUUUUCACUAAUAAAUCAAAUCCACUCAAAAUUUAACAAGCUAAAACCUGAAUAAAGUUGAAUGAAUAAUAACAUUCAUUCAUUUUCUGGUGGGGAAAGACAAAAUAAGAAGCCAAAAAGUUACCACUUCCACACAAAAUAGGAGGAGAACUCAUUCAUUCAUUCAUUUUCUACCGCUUAUCCUCACAAGGGUCGCAGGGGGUGCUGGAGCCUAUCCCAGCUGUCUUUGUCCUGGACUGGUGGCCAGCCAAUCACAGGGCACAUAUAGACAAACAACCAUUCACACUCACAUUCAUACCUAUGGACAAUUUGGAGUCGCUAAUUAACCUAGCAUGUUUUUGGAAUGUGGGAGGAAACCGGAGUACCCGGAGAAAACCCACGCAUGCACGGGGAGAACAUGUAAACUCCACACAGAGAUGGCCGAGUGUGGGGAAAGACAAAAUAAGAAGCCAAAAAGUUACCACUUCCACACAAAAUAGGAGGAGACCUCACUCAUUCUUUCAUCCAUUUUCUACCACUUCUACCGCUGGGGUGCUGGAGCCUAUCCCAGCUGUCUUCAGGCAAGAGAGGCGGGGUACACCCUGGACUGGUUGCCAGCCAAUCACAGGGCACAUAUAGACAAACAACCAUUCACACUCACAUUCAUACCUAUGUACAAUUUGAAGUCGCUAAUUAACCUAGCAUGUUUUGUACCCGGAGAAACAUGCAAAACAUGCAAACUCCACACAGAGAUGGCCGAGGGUGGGGAAAGACAAAAUAACAAGCCAAAAAGUUACCACUUCCACACAAAAUAGGAGGAGAACUCAUUCAUUCAUUUUCUACCGCUUAUCCUCACAAGGGUCGCAGGGGGUGCUGGAGCCUAUACCAGCUGUUUUCGGGCGAGACGCGGGGAACACCCUGGACUGGUGGCCAGCCAAUCACAGGGCACAUAUAGACAAACAACCAUUCACACUCACAUUCAUACCUAUGGACAAUUUGGAGUCGCUA